AUGUCGAGCAACAGGAAUUAUGACUUCUUGAUCAAGCUGCUGCUGAUCGGCGACUCGGGCGUGGGCAAGUCGUGCUGCCUGCUGCGAUUCAGCGAAGACUCCUUUACGCCCUCCUUCAUCACCACCAUCGGCAUCGACUUCAAGAUCAGGACCAUUGAACUGGACGGCAAGCGCGUCAAGCUGCAGAUUUGGGACACCGCCGGCCAGGAGCGCUUCCGCACCAUCACAACCGCCUACUACCGCGGUGCCAUGGGUAUACUGCUCGUCUACGACGUCACAGAUCAGAGAUCUUUUGAGAAUAUCCGUACCUGGUUCGCGAACGUAGAGCAGCACGCCACCGAGGGCGUCAACAAGAUUCUGAUCGGCAACAAGUGCGACUGGGAGGAGAAGCGCGCCGUGUCCACCGAGCAGGGCGAGGCCCUUGCCAGGGAACUUGGCAUCCCCUUCCUCGAGGUCUCGGCCAAGAGCAACAUCAACAUCGACAAGGCCUUCUACAGCCUCGCCUCCGAUAUCAAGAAGCGCAUCAUCGACACCUCCAAGAACGACACCACCGCCAGCGGUAGCGGCGUGAACGUGGGUGGGGACACGGGCAACGCUGCUAGCAAGUGCUGUUAA